AUGCCGUUUCGACCACCGCCGCGACCGUAUCCCUCCUCCUCCUCGUCCAUCAUUCAGCAACAUGUGGCCUCCCACUCCCUGUACAAACUCUUUGCUGGUAUGACCUUCCACAUAGUCUCUGCCAAGCUCGAGGAAGAUAUGGCAAGAUUGUAUGAGUACAUUGACGAGCUAGGUGGAAGAUGUGUAGGGGUCGAGGACGCAUGGUUCAUUGUGACGGCUUUGAAGGGGAGGGCAAGGCUUGCACGAUCUUUGGAUACACAUUGGCUCGAGAGCAAACCAGUUCUGAGCGUCAUGUACGUGUAUGAUGCGUACGAGACAUGCUUAAAAGCUGCGACCUCUCAGUCACCUUCAUCCCCAAAACUACCACCUCGAGACGAAUAUCGCCUUGCCUUCAAGUCUCAACAGCCUUUGACCGCUAGCUACCCGAUUCCAGAGGCUCUGGAUGAAAUCCAAGAACCGCCUAGUAAAAGAAGAAGAAUGGAAAGGAGUCCGAUAUACGGAGAAGGCGAAAGUCACGAUGAUAUGGGGCUUGUCGAUCCCGAUGUAAGGCUAGAAGACAUUCCAGCCUCAUGUGUUCUGAGAGGGUCACCUCUCAUAUGUGUCAAUCAAGACAUCGUCGAUGCAAUCCGUCCCAUCUUCCAGGAGAGGGAGUUUGAAGAGCUUCAACAGAAGAAUUCGAAUGUGCUAAGUUAUAGGAGGAGCCUCAGUGUAUCCGUGCCACGGAAGAUAACAUCUGGGCAGGAGGCUCUGAAACUCCAAGGUGUCGGCGAGAAGGUUGCCAAACGGAUAGAUGAGUUUCUACGCACAGGGACUGUUGCAGAAUCCCAAACCAUCCUUUCUUCCCCCCGAUUCCUUGCUCUCCUCGCCUUCGCCUCUGUCUACACCAUCGGUCACCAUCGCGCUCGAGAGCUCUAUGACCUACACCAUUGUCGGUCCUUGGAGGAUGUGAAGAGGCACUUUGCGGAUAUGGAAGGCGAUGGGGAAGAUACCAAGGAUGAAAGGGAAAAGGCGAAGAGGAGGAAAGAGGGGCGAAUGAAGGCCGUGGAUAUCGUUGAGGAAUGGAUGAAGUUGAAGGAAGAGCUGGAUCAACCGAUUCCAAGAGAAGAGGUUGAAGAGAUUGCUGCUUGCAUCAUGGAACAUGUGGGAGCAUUCAUCUCCGAUUGUCAACACACUAUCUGUGGCGGAUAUAGAAGAGGAAAGACACAGUCAAACGAUGUCGACGUUGUUCUCUGUCCACCUGAGCAGGAUCAAGUCAUCGGACUCCUUCGCGCAGCAUAUCUUCGCAUGUCACAACUCGGCAUCAUCACGCAUGUUCUCCAUGUGACCCACCGGGAUAUCACCACACCCAUACGAGCCGCCCCUCAAAACUUUGACAAUCUCGACAAAGCGUUUGUCAUCUUUAAACUUCCUGGUCCCGGGCGCCUACACCGACGUGUCGAUAUCAUCAGUGCCCCAAGGGAUAGAUAUGCCAGCGCUAUCCUGAGCUGGACGGGGAGUAUGAUGUAUGAAAGAGAUCUCAAGCGUUACGCCGAAAAUGAACGAGGGUAUAAAUUUCGAGCAGGGUUGAUUGAAAUAGCAAGUGGAAAAGAAGUGAAUCUUGGGACAGAGCGAGAGAUCUUCAAGUUUCUUGGGCUGAAGUACGUGCCGCCAGAGCUGAGAAACGCGGAUUGA